AUGGCCCAGUCUACUCCUGAAUAUUUUAAACCAACUCAAGAAGAAUUAGACAGGUUACAACAAUCAAGAACAUUCAGUGAUAUUACAAAAAAUAUUGAUCAUGAAGAUGCAAGAGAUUCUAAAAAAACAUCAGAAGAAGCUUUAAUAGUAAAGAAAGAAGGAAUCGAAAAUGACGAUGGCGGUGACGAUGAUGAUAAUCAUAUAUUCAAAGAUUUAUCAAUUAAAUCUCCUAAACCUAAGCCUUUACUGGAUUUAGGACACAGCGUCACUAAUGGCAAACAAUAUAUUAGUUGUGAUGAAGACCUGAAAAUGCAAAAAUAG